UUGGCAUCCGGGCCGGUUCCUGGGGUUUAACGUCUCGUCUCAUUCUUUGUUUGUUACUUGUCUGUUGCAUUACCUACCUCCUAUUCAUUCACUUCAGUCACACCUUACCUGUCUUUUUUGCUAGCCGCUGGCGUCUGCCUAGUUUCCUUCUUAUUAUACUAUUCAUUCUUGGCUCCCAUUGUCUUUCGUUUGCUCUUUUCCCCUUCUUUUUUGCAUUCCCAUAAGAUAUAGCCAAUUCGACGACCCUGAACAACUGGCUUGCUUGGGUUACCCCACGAAAACUCUUGGCUAAUACCUAAUUCCCCGGGUACCUACUCCAAAAUAUCUACGAUCAUCUAUCCGAGACCUUUUAGCGGCUGCGGUGCAACCUAUUCUGCUAGAUCCUUUUAGAUCCGAACUAUGAAAGCUGUCGCGACCUUUGCGGCCGGCGCAUUAGUCGCUUCCGUCGCUCGGGCGCAAGUUGUCCAAUGGGAUAUACACAGGAGGCAAACAGGAACUAAGAUCGUGAGGCGACAAGAUGGAACAGUUACAGAGGUUAUCACCAACGAGAAACUUAGAGGGGGUUAUUUUGCCUCUUGUGCAGUUGGCACUCCUCCCCAGAACUUAACAUUACAGCUGGAUACCGGAUCAAGCGACAUCUGGGUACCCUCGAGCAGCUCUAGCGUCUGCCAAGAAACUACCGAUAAUGCAGGCUGCAGUCUGGGAUCUUUUGACGAAAGCGAUUCUACAUCCUUCUCCGUCGUGGGGCAAAAUCAAUUUAGCAUUUCUUAUGUCGACGGUAGUCACUCGAAAGGCGAUUAUAUCGCCGAGACGUUUGCAAUCGGCGACGCCACCUUGACCAAUAUGACUAUGGGUCUUGGUGUCAAUACUGAUAUUCCGUACGGCCUCGUUGGCGUGGGAUAUGUAGCGAGCGAGGCUAUUGUCGGUAGCACCCGUUCUACUUCUUCUACAUAUGACAACCUCCCAGUAAAAAUGCAGAAGCAGGGGCUUAUUGCUACCAAUGCGUAUAGCUUGUGGUUAAAUGAUCUAGAUGCGAGCAAAGGUAGUAUAUUGUUCGGCGGAAUCGAUACCGAGAAGUACCAUGGCGAUCUUACCCGAAUAAACAUUUAUAAAGACUCGCGUUCUGGAGUUUUUUCGUCCUUUACCGUCGCUCUAACGUCAGUACAAGCGUCAUCUCCAUCAGGAACCGACUCUCUCUCUUCCGAGUUUCCCAUUCCCGUCGUCCUCGACUCUGGCACUACAUUCAGUUACUUGCCAACAGACCUAGCAGAACAGAUCUGGCAGGAGGUAGGCGCUAAUUAUUACGAUGAAGUGAACCUUCCGCUACUCCCCUGUAGCAUGGCAAAUAGUCAAGGUCAUUUCUCCUUUGGGUUCGGCGGUUCUGGCGGUCCAGUCAUCAACGUUACGAUGGACGAGCUUGUUCUACCCCUGAAUGGUGUUAGCAAGUUUGAAGAUGGUCCAAACGAAGGGGAAGUGAUCUGUCAAUUCGGUAUCCAAAAUUUCAGCAGCAGCAGCGCAACAUUCCUUCUAGGAGAUACUUUCCUACGGUCGGCUUACGUGGUCUACGACUUGGUUAACAAUGAAGUUGCGAUUGCGCCUACAGACUUCAACUCCACCACAUCCAACAUUGUCGCAUUCCCCAGCCUUGGUGCUCAAAUUCCUUCGGCUACCGCGGCGCCUAACCAAGCCGAGGUAACCCAGAGCAGCUCUCUCGAGACACCGUCGUACGGUGCCAGCGGCGGCUUUCAUGAUUCUGCCGCCUCACUACCGCCUCCCUUAGAUUGGUCUAGGAUAGCCAUCAUGGGAGCCAGUAUGGGUCUAAUGAUGGUCGGCAGUGGAUUUUUCCUCCUUUUCUAAAAGGAGUUCUCAUAUAUUCAGAGCGUCUGGGACCAGAUCACAGGGCGCCGCCAUCUAUUUACCAU